UUCUUCUUCCUCUUCUUCUUCUUCUUUACUUCUCUCUCUCCCUCUCUUCUUCUUCUUCUCUGUUAGGGUUUGACCCCGAUGGCGGGUGGAACUCCGACGCCGGCCGAGUGAAGCUCCCGCGAAAUUUAUCACCUGAUAUGGUUCCGGCAUCCUUAUAAAAAUGGUUGGAGUAGCUCCUGAUGGCGGAAGUGGUCGACGUUUACCACAAUGGAUGCUGGGGAUCUCUGCUCCUGGUCAAGUGGUGAACUCUGACAAUGUAGAAGUAAACAAAAAGCACUCAGUGGAAGAACUCAUGUCUCAUGAUCGCCAUUCUGAUCCAAGUACUACAAGGAUACAUCCCGGAAAGGAGAGCUUGCGUCCUGAAAAGGAAAAGUUGUUUGAAACUUCUGAUGUUCUUGCAAAAUGUAAGACGAGUAGAAGAAAACUGAAGGUGAAACAAAAAGAUGCAGAGUCUGAAAAUAAGAUUUCGGCAAAGGUUCCAGCGAAGAAGAAUAUCAAAACUAAGAAAGAAUCCUUGGAAUGUGCUUCUCAGAAAAGACAAAAAACAAAGGAUUUUGAUUUUAAAAGUAGCGAGGAAGUAGAGAUUCGGCCUCUAAGUGAGGAUGAAGAUGUGGAACUGACUAUGGAAGAUCUAAUGACCAUUGCUGAGGAGUAUGUCCGAACCGAUAAGAACACGGACCAAGAUCAAGCAGCAAAGAGAACAAGUGAACCUAGAUUCAGACCUCCAGCGACAUUAUCUCCCAGGAAGGAGUCAAAAGAUUGUAAUGAUGCCCAUUCAGCUACUGAUGAUACUAGUGCUUCCUACUGUCAAUCAUCAUCUACACAUAAUAUUAGUGCUUCGCACAAAUUAAACAGUUCUACCGAAACAAUUGCUAUAACUACCAGAGCAACAGGGGAUCCUGCUCAAGACAUGCUAGAUCUGUUUUUAGGUCCUUGGUUGAGAAAACCCGUAGAGGAGAAGAAAACUGAUUCUGUAGUUGAGGAUGCUGCUUUUUCGCAGGACUUUGGGAUACAGAGUAAGAAAGAAAUAGCCCCUUCAGUAAAGAAAAAAAGCAGUCUCAAAGACAAGUUGGCAAUGUUUCUGGACUGAAUAAGAUUUUAUAAUUCGCAACUGCUAAGACAAGCAUGCUGCUAAACUGCAAAACAUUGUGAUAUUACGCCAUACUAAAAGCAACGAGGUGAGUUGGGCAGUUGACUAGCCAGAUUCAUUUCUCAUGGAUGUGAUACUUACCUAGGUGUGUAUUACCAUCUUCUGAUCUUUGUUACUGAUCUUAAGAAUAUGGUUAAUUUUUAUGUAAAUGAUCGUAGAAAACAUCUGAUGAAUAAUUUGUAUAGAACACUGAAAACUAAUGACGUAAAGCAUCACGGGACCGUGGUGCCAAAAGAGAUGGCCAUUUGUUAUGCCAUCACAAUCUCAA